ACAAAUAUAUCUUUUCACUCUUCAAAAUGUUUGUCUCCAAAAACUUGUCCACUUUUUGCUUCCUUUACGCUCUUUCCUUUUCCCUUGCCCAUGCAGCUACAUUUGUUAUAACAAACAAUUGUCCCUACACGGUUUGGGUUGGGGCUGCACCCGGUGGUGGCAUGCAGCUCAACCCACGAGGUACUUGGACCCUUAAUGUUCGCGCAGGCACCACAGGGGGUCGCAUCUGGCCACGAACUGGGUGCAGUUUCAAUAGAGCUGGGCGCGGCAGAUGCCAAACCGGUGAUUGCGGGGGGCUUCUCCAAUGCCAAGGCUAUGGUGCACCCCCAAACACCCUAGCAGAAUACGCACUUAACCAAUGGAACAACUUGGAUUUCUUUGAUAUCUCUCUUGUGGACGGGUUUAAUGUUCCCAUGGAAUUUAGUCCCACCUCGAAUGGGUGCACCCGUGGGAUAAGAUGUAUUGCCGAUAUCAAUGGGCAGUGCCCCAAUGAGUUGAGGGCUUCCGGUGGAUGUAACAAUCCAUGCACUGUAUUCAAGAAUGAUCAAUACUGUUGUAAUUCUGGGAAUUGCGGACCCACAAACUAUUCCAGAUUUUUCAAGGAUCGUUGCCCUGAUGCUUACAGUUACCCUAAGGAUGAUCAAACCAGCACAUUUACAUGCAACGGUGGGACUAACUACAAGGUUGUGUUCUGCCCUUGAAAGCAAUGCCACCAUAGAACUAGUAGUAUUUAUGUGAUGAUGUAAUAAAAGCUUAAUUUGGACGUUGCUUGGUGAUCAGCACAUGACAUCGUAGUGUGCAAAAUGCAAACGCCAAACUCCAUACUCAGAGAUGAUGAGGUUGUAGUAAUGUCUUGACGAAAGACUACUUAAAUAUAUAAAAUAACAUUUCUAAACUCGUAA